AUGCAGUUCUCCGUCGCUCUCAUUGCCCUCGUUGCCGGCCUCGUCUCCGCCGCCCCCCUUGAGGAGCGCCAGACAUACACUCCCUGCUCCGGCCUCUAUGCCUCCGCACAGUGCUGUGCCACCGAUGUCCUCGGUCUUGCUGACCUUGACUGCGGUGACCCGACCGCUGUUCCCACCGAUGCCGCCAACUUCAGCGCCAUCUGUGCUGCUAUUGGCCAGCGCGCUCGCUGCUGCGUCCUGCCCAUCCUUGACCAGGGUAUCCUGUGCGACACCCCCGCUGGUGUUGACGACUAA